AGGAACUUCGCAAACAUGAAGUUUCUUAUUGGUGGAAUAUUAGCAUCAGCUUUGCUCCUUUUGGGCGAGCAGAAUUUGGUGCAAGGACAAUAUGCUCCACCACCAGGAUUAUUCGCUCCGCCACCAGGACCAGCACUCCCGCCACCACCAGAUUACGCCCCACCCCCACCAGGCUAUUGGGCCCCACCACCUCCAGCACCGCCUCCACCAGGAUAUUAUGCCCCACCACCACCUGGACCGCCUCCACCAGGAUAUUAUGCCCCACCACCACCUGGACCGCCUCCACCACUAUAUUAUACCCCCCAAUGGUAUCAUUGAGCUUUGUUGUACUGUGCGAUAAUCACGUACGAUCACCCAAAUAAAUAUCGUAAAGAUCGUGUAUUUAAGAAAAUGGUUUACAGGCAUUGGUGGCAGAUGGGCUUCAGCAAAAAUUUACAUUGAUAGAAGGAUAGAAGGCACCAGGGAACCAGGAUACCAAAUUUAGUAAUGAUGUCAUCUCUAAAUACAUAUAAUAACAUACUUCAGUUUUAAA